AUUAAACCCUUUUUCCUUUCUCUAUCCCAAAUUCGAUGUAUUUUGUCCACCAUCUCAUAUCUUUAAUUAAUUACAAUCUUCCUGAUUAGUCCUGUUCUUCAAAAUAUGAUGAGUCACACUAAUGAUCAAAACCAGCCUCAUCAAGAUAAAGAGGCAUAUAAGUCAAAAGACACUGCAAUGGCUCCUAUGAAUCCAGUUCCAGGUCCACCACCUGCUGCUAUCACUCUUCAUGAGAACUACACUCACCAAGUUCCUCCAUAUGAAGAACAAACUAAGUUCAAGGGAGGGUUCUGGAGAGGAUUUUGUGCUGGAUUGUGCUGCGGCUGUUGUUUGGACAUAUGCUUUUGACUUUUGACUUUUGA